UUAGUUAAAUCUAAAGUUCAAUGAAACAAAAUGUCUCUAAUCUGUGAACAAAAUAAUCAACAAAUACUUUAUAAUAUGUGUAUUGUUGUACAUUAAUGUACUAACUUUUUAUUUUUCAUAUUUUUUGUAAAGAAAUCUAUAAGUUCAAAAAGGAGAAAAAUUAAAAUAUGUCCAAUCCAGAAGAUAAAUCUAUGAAAUAUAAUGGCUUGGAUACCGACCCUUUACAAAGAUUACCUUCCUUCAAAGCACCUCGCGAUCUCACACUUGGAGCGAAUAAACCAAACAAAAAAGUAUUUACUCCGAAUUUAAAUGUAACGAGGAAUAAAAAUAAAGGGCCUACUUUAAAUAUAUCAAGAGAUCCCAAGAAAGACGACAAAGGGCGAAGAGAUCGUAAAAAUGAUCGGAAAAAUUUUAGGAACGGUCCUAAUAUAAUAAAGUCAGGAGGGGUGUUCUCAGAAGGUUUGGGCAGUUCUGAGAGGCACUAUAACCGCACAUCAUAUGGCAGGGAGUCGGAGCCUGCUGCUGCAUUACAGAAACCCACCAUAAGGGUGAAGGAUGUCAUUAAAAUUGAUAAAGAAUUAGAAGAGCAGAAGAUAAAGUCAGUGGUGGGGGAUAGUAAUUACGAUGAUGACUCGAGUGUGGACUUCAAACGAGUCAUUGAGAAAGAUGCACCGGUCAAACUACCUAUGGGUGAUGGAGGCUGGUUGCAAAACCAGACGAAGUCAACUGUGAAGGUAAAACAGGAGGUGGCGAUCAAGAGCGAGCCUGGAGACGAUGUAGACUGCGCCAUGGCUAUCGAAGACAAAAAACCAUUUGUAGAUAUAAAGCAGGAGGUAUUCGAAAAUACAGACGUGGUGAAUUUACUGAAGAGUGAUCAGCCAACGCUUAUAUUGCUACAGUUGCCAGAUACCUUGCCAGGGCGGGGAGGUAGCAUGGAAGAUGAUGCGCCGCGACGGAAGCAGACAGAUCAGCCGUCUACUUCCACGGGGGAGAGCAAAGAGGAAAAACCGGUAUAUAAUAAAUAUACCGGUAUAGUUAUUACCGGUAUAUUCAUUUAUAGAAUUACCAACACUAGUGGAUUAGGGCUAACUGUUCUUACAUUUAAAUGCAAUAAUAAUAAAAAUAUCUGGUAUCUAUAUCAAGCCAAGCAAUAAAUAAGAGGUUCGACUCUCGGUUGAGACAAUUAAGCUUAAGUGUUUCCCUAAAAUAGCUCACUGCUGGGCAGGUAUUCUGGUUUUUUUAAUGGGUGAUAAUGAAAUGGUAACCCCGCCCGCGCUAACGGUAUACGCUGGCAGGUAACGGUAUACCAGUGAGGGAUGAUGGGUGACGAUGAAAGCAGGUCAGUUAGCCCAUCGUGAUGAAUUCCACGAGAAUUACCCACCAUGGUUUCCAGGGGGAACCGCGUGGAGGUCGACCUGAUAGGGUGUAGUGCUAGCAAUGGGUCAGUUAGACCCCCCAUUACUAGCAAUCCCUUUCCCCCCUCGGUAUUCUGGUUGGACCACCAGGGUUUUCUUAUUUAUUUUAAGACCAAGAAAUUAGUGUGAUAUUAUCAAGCAAGAUAAAAGAUUAAAAAAAAAAAUAGAAUGUACGUAUGUAGUAGUAUGUACGCUUGUCUUAUUACCUAAUUAUAAAUUCUUUAUUAUUGCAUUCUAGCAGACGGAAUCGGAAAAGGUAAUUAAUAUAGAUACCAUAGACUUUUAUGUUAGGUGUCAUGUCAUAUAGGGAGGUCAAAGAUAUGGCUUGGAAUAGAAUGCAUGAAUUAGUUCCACCGACAAAAGGAAAUACUAAUAAAAAAAAGUCAAUAUAUAUUUAUAGUAUAUUUUUCAAAUAUUUUUAAAUACACAAUCGGGGCUGAACGCGUUGAAAAAGCUUUUACAGUUAUAUAGUCCCUACCAUGCACUUGUACAGUAUAUGUUAUUUUCUAUAGUAAACAAUAUUAGGCUUUAUUACGAACGGACUAAAAGUUAUGUCAAAGAUUUUCUUCUGUCUACUUUCUUGUUGCCUUAAAAACGUGAUAAAAUCAAGCCAACUGUUUGAGGGUACUCAUGUCUCUUGUCUAUGCCCCUAUUUCACUGAGCAUUGUUGUAUUGAAGGGGAUCCUAUCACAGUCUCCAUUAAAUUUUGGUAUAUUACCAAUGGCAUCAAUUCCGAAGCGCUAUUUCUCUAAACCUAUUGCUCAUGUGUAUAGCCGACGGUUACCACUUUCCAUCAGGUGAGCCGUCAGCUUGUUUACUAUUCUAAGUUGCAUGGAAAAAACACCAGAGGGAGACUUUGUACAAAAAUCGAUUGCUUGGGUACCUCUGUCCCAUUCGUGUUUCAACCGUGAAGCAGUUGUGUUUGCAUAGCUGUGUUUCGGUUUGAAGGGUGGGAUAUGGCGUAAAAUUACUAGGUACAGAGGAAUAACACCUGAGUCCUCAGGAAUGGCAACGCAUGGGGGGUAUCAUGGGCGAAACAGUAUACUCUAUUAUGUCCAUGGUACUGCUCAUGU